GGAGAGUGGAGAAAGAGUGGAGAAGCCCCGGCCGAAGAGAAGGCACCACAUUUUUGGAAGGCGGCGCGACCCACAGCCACCAUCAUCAUCACCAUCGGCCGAGCCGCGUGGCCCUCGGGCAUGUCCACUAUGGUCAGCGCCGAAGGCAACCCACCGAACGCCGACCUGCUGCUUGCCCUGCUCGCCCGGAACAAGGCUCUCGAAGCGACAAUCCCCAAGUGCGCGGGUUGUGAACAACCAAUCCUGGACCGUUUUAUCCUGAAAGUGCUGGAGCGCUCGUGGCACGGCAAGUGCCUCAAGUGCUGCGACUGCGGAGCCCAGCUCGCCGACAAGUGCUUCGCCCGCAACGGACAAGUCUUUUGCAAGGAGGACUUCUUCAAGCGCUUCGGCACCAAGUGCGCCGGCUGCGAACAGGGUAUCCCUCCGACGCAGGUGGUGCGGAGAGCGCAGGACAACGUCUACCACCUGCACUGCUUCGCCUGUAUCCUCUGCAAACGGCAGCUCAACACGGGGGACGAGUUCUACCUCAUGGAGGACAACAAGCUCGUCUGUAAGCAAGACUACGAAGCUGCCAAAGCACGCGAGGGGACAACGAAGCGGCCUCGCACCACCAUCACGGCCAAGCAGCUGGAGACGCUGAAGAGCGCCUACAACACGAGUCCGAAGCCUGCGCGGCACGUGCGCGAGCAGCUCAGCCAGGACACGGGCCUGGACAUGCGCGUGGUGCAGGUCUGGUUCCAGAAUCGGCGCGCCAAGGAAAAGCGCCUCAAGAAGGACGCGGGAAAGAGCCGCUGGGGGGAGUACUUCCGGACGAGCAGCAACGGACACAUGAAGGGGGGCAGCGGGCCCCCCACGAGCCCCGACAGCAGCCUCGAGAGGGGGGGAGACGACUCUCUGGAGAUAGACCUCCGAUCGCACAAGGACUUCAGAGAUGACGAGCCAUACGGUACCCCCAUGGGCGGCAACUCUCAAAUGGGCGAGACGGACUCUUCCCUACGGCCAUCGCCGCCGCCCCCCAACGGUCUGGGGGUCUACAGCUUGGGCCAGGGCCACGCCUACCCGGGGCCCGGAACGCCGCCCUACCUGGCCGGCAGCCACAGUCCCUAUCCGCCGCCCUACUACGCAGCGGACGCCUACGGACACCCGCACAACGGCGGGGCCCCCCGCCUCAUGGGGCCCCAGGACCUGAGCCAGGGUCGGGGCGCCCCCAUCUUCCCAGAGUUCCCCCCGAGCCCGGCGUCCUGGCUCGAUGAGGUGGAGGGGGGAGGGGCGGUGGCCCCGCCCUCCUCCGCACAGUAUUGA